UCCAGCUCCUUCCCGGACUUCGCCAUAGUUCCGAAACUCCCCUGCACCCCAAGCUCAACCAGAGCCUAGCCAGCCGGCAGCGCUUCCGGGGGCGAUCACGUGACAUCAGUGCGCCGGCGCUCUCUUUAUGGCCGUUGAAUGGGCGGGACAUGGCCGGAACUAAAGUGCGCGGGGUCACAGUUGUCGCACGUCGUGACGGCUGGGGUUGAAUGCAGCGGUUGGUGAUCUCUCCUCUUUUCUUCUUUCAUUCGCCUCAGAAGAGAACAGUCACCACACUCAUGGCAGGGAUUUUGCGUUCAAUAGUUCAGAGGCCCCCAGGCAGACUCCAAACUGUGACAAAAGGUGUGGAGUCUCUUAUUUGCACGGAUUGGAUUCGUCACAAAUUUACCAAGUCAAGAAUUCCAGAUAAAGUAUUUCAGCCUUCACCUGCAGAUCAUGAAAAAUACGGUGGGGAUCCACAGCACCCUCAUAAACUGCAUAUUGUUACCAGAAUAAAAAGUACAAAAAGACGUCCAUAUUGGGAAAAAGAUAUAAUAAAGAUGCUUGGAUUAGAAAAAGCACAUACUCCUCAAGUUCACAAGAAUAUCCCUUCAGUGAACGCAAAACUGAAAGUGGUUAAACAUUUGAUAAGGAUCAAGCCCCUGAAGUUGCCCCAAGGACUUCCAGCAGAGGAGGACAUGUCUAACACGUGCCUCAAGAGCACUGGGGAAUUAGUGGUGCAGUGGCAUCUAAACCCCAUAGACCAGGAAGCAGUUAAGUCCUAAGGCCAGAGCAGUUUCAUAUUAAAAAAUGUAAAUCAUUUUUAUUUAAAGGUAGUGAGAAAGUGUUCUCAUUAAAAUAUAUUUUAAAUACUAGUCCUUUUCACUGGCUAAACAUGGUGUGAUUCUUCCUUAUAUAGGCUUGGAGGUUUCAGUGCUGUUAUUUGGUUUAAUACUCUCUCUUUUCCCUCUGAUCGUUUCAUUGCAGAAUGGGCAAGAAUGGUGUUAUUUGAACAUCUGGGUUUAGAGGUCACCUUAGCAAUCACCAUUGAUUUUUCUUUUUUUUUUCACCAUUGAUUUUUUUUAAAAAUACUGUUUUCUCUUUUAAUUGAAUUCAACAGAUUCUGUGAGUGUCCCUUUGAGUGAGCAGUGUGUUAUAUGUGGAGAAAUGCACAGCUGACCAGAACACGGUCCCUGCCCAUCAGGAGCUUAGUCUGUUUUGCUAGGGAACAGAGACUCAGCCACAGUCAUUAAACAUUAGGUGUAGCUAGAUUGGCUGCUUUGUGCUUUAGUGUCUAUAAAUAUUUAUGUAGACUUGAUUGCAUUUUAUUCUUAAGCUUAAUACCAAAAAUAGUAUCUGUUUUCUAAUUAUAAAUUUAAUUUGGCCUACA